AUGAAACAGUUGGUGUUGUUAGCCCUUUUCGCGGCAGCCGCGCAGGCGCAGUUCCUGAACGGAAGGAUCCUGGAACCCCCCGUACCCUCAUUAUGUGUACAGAGGACCAUCCACGAGAGAUAUGUGGACAACAAAGGUUACUUCUUCUCAUGGAGAGACCCUGCCCUCCGUGGCGUUGAGGAAGACUGGUUGAGCGCCAGGAACUUCUGCCGUCAGCGAUGCAUGGACCUCGUGUCUCUGGAGACCAGCGACGAAAACGAAUGGGUUAAGGCACGCAUCGUGCAGGACAAGCAAAAGUACAUCUGGACUUCGGGUCGUCUUUGCGACUUCAAGGGAUGCAACCGUCCUGACUUACUCCCCAACGAGAUCAACGGCUGGUUCUGGACCGCUGAGCUGCAGAAGCUGGCUCCCACCACCAACCGUCAACAGAACGACUGGUCGGAGGGCGGCGGCAUCGGCAAACCUCAGCCCGACAACAGGGAGCUGCUACAGGGAGGAGCUGCAGAACACUGUGUGGCCAUCCUGAACAACUUCUACAACGACGGCGUCCACUGGCAUGACGUGGCGUGCCACCACCGCAAGCCCUUCGUGUGCGAGGAGAACGACGCCCUCCUGAAAUACGUGCGAUACACCAACCCUGCCCUAAGAGUUUGA